UGGUUGUCUCCCCCUCCAGGGUUAUAAAUCACCCAGAGAGUACAUCGCUACCCAGGGUCCUCUGCCUGAGACGAGGAACGACUUCUGGAACAUGAUCCUGCAGCAGAAGAGCCACAUCAUUGUGAUGCUGACGCAGUGUAACGAGAGACGCAGGGUGAAGUGUGACCACUACUGGCCAUUCACAGAUGAGCCGGUGACCUACGGAGAGAUCAGUGUGGAGAUGCUGUCGGAGUCAGAGUCACCAGAGUGGACCAUAAGGAACUUCAGACUGGGAUAUGCUGACGAGUCUCACGACGUCCUCCAUCUCAACUACACGUCCUGGCCGGACCACGGUGUCCCCACGGUCAACGCCAUCGAUAGCAUCCUGCAGUUCGUACACAUCGUCCGCCAGCAGGCCAACCGCACCAAAGAACCCAUUGUGGUUCACUGCAGUGCUGGUGUGGGCCGGACAGGGACCUUCAUCGCUCUGGACCGACUGAUGCAGCACAUCAGAGAACAUGAGUAUACUGACAUCCUGGGUAUGGUGUCUGAGAUGAGGUCGCAUCGACUCUCCAUGGUCCAGACAGAGGAGCAGUAUGUGUUCAUCCACCAGUGUGUCCUGCUGAUGUGGAAGAAGAAGACACAGACCAUCACCAGUGAUGUCAUCUAUGAGAACAUCAGCAAGUCCUAGUGACGCCUCCUGCACAACGCCGUGACAUCACUCAGACUCCCGUGCUUCAGGCAUCCGUUCUCGACCGAGACACGUUUCAUCAUUGAUACAACAAAAUAAA